AUGAAGUGGGACCGGGAACAAACACCAAGAACAUGGGUAAACUUUAUGAGGGACUUUAAUGCGAAAUACUUUCCCCCUUUGGUCCAGGAAAAGAAGGAAGACGAGUUUAUUAGGUUCCGUCAGGGGACUCAAUCAGUGGCUGAGUACGAAAGCCAGUUUACUCGUUUAUCUAAGUUCGCCCCUGAACUCAUUCUAACGGAGCAAAGGAGAGUUCGACGUUUUACUCAGGGGCUCAAUGUGGAAAUUCAAAAGGAUCUGGCGGUAGCCCAGAUCCAUACUUUUAGUAACGCCGUGGAGAAAGCUUUGCGAGUUGAAAAUGCAAGGCUUCAAGUAAGGAAUUUUCAGGUGAAAAAACGGGGGUUCUCCGCGAGUAGUUCGACCCAAGGGGAUAAAGGGACCCCUCCCAAGUUUGGAAGAGGAGCCGGUGGAGGAAGGCAACCAGGGAUGACACGAGGGACUCCGCCAAGGGGUGGUCACAAUGGACGGGGCCCACAGAAAAGCACCUCACAAGGAAGUUCGGCCUCAGUUGCACGCGGACCCUGUGGAUUUUGUGGAAAACCAAACCACACUGAGGACAACUGUUGGAGGAAGGAGAGAAGAUGCUUGCGCUGCGGGAGUGCAGAGCAUCAAAUAGCUAACUGCCCAGUGUUACCUCGGGAGGCGAGAGCAACCACCCAAUCGUCAAAGGCUAACUCGGGACAGUCCAAGGUAGAAGGGACAAAGCCAAAGGUGCUAGCUCGGGUUUACUCCCUUGAGCAACAACAAGUCCCUGAUCCCUCUGGGGUUGUAGAAGAGGUUAGUACUCCUACGGGGAACCAAUGUUUGAUUACUGGUUCGAUGUAUGCGAAUUGCGAAAUUUGGGUAGGAGAGAGAAAGCUUUUGGGAAAUCUUAUAAGUUUAGCUAUUAAGGGGUACGAUGUUAUAUUGGGUAUGGACUGGCUAGCAAGGUACGAUGCACAACUUGAUUGUAAGAGGAAAACAGUGGAACUUCGUAUACCGGGGGAAGCAACCGUAAGGCUAGAUGUAAGAGGUAGUUUAGCCUCAUCUGCAUUAAUCUCAGGUAUUAGGGCUAGGAAAUUUCUGUAUAGAGGGGCCCAAGGGUUUCUAGCUUUUCUGAUAAACACUCCCACUGAUAAGGUGAGGGUGGAAGAUGUGCCUAUUAUGGCAGUAGAAGCCCCUGAUGUUUUCGAUGGCUACGGUGGCGGCGACGGCUGUGGGCGUUGA